AUGUCUCCCGCUCUGGUCCCCGCCGGUGCUGGCUCUGCCUCCAAGGAUGUCAAGAAGGAGUCGGCCACUGCCCGUCUGCUCGGUUCCGGCUCUGCUGGUAUCGCCGAGCUAAUGGUCUUCCAUCCCGUUGACACCACGGCCAAGCGAUUGAUGAGCAACCAGACUCGGAUCACCUCCGCCAGUGCUUUCAAACAGGUCGUUUUCAAGGAAUACGCCACCGCACCGGCCCUGCGCAAGUUCACCUCUCUCUUCCCUGGACUGGGAUACGCUGCUGGCUAUAAGGUUCUCCAACGAAUCUACAAGUACGGCGGCCAGCCAUUCGUCCGGGACUACCUCGCCAAGCACCACGGUUCCGAAUUCGAUAAUGCGUUCGGAAAGGGUACCGGCAAGGCCAUCAUGCACGCAACUGCUGGAAGUCUGAUCGGUAUCGGCGAAAUCAUCCUGCUGCCCCUGGACGUCCUGAAGAUCAAGCGGCAAACGAACCCGGAGGCCUUCCGGGGCCGUGGUCUCUUCAAGAUCAUCUCCGACGAAGGCAUGGGUCUGUACCGCGGCGCUGGCUGGACAGCCGCUCGUAACGCCCCCGGCUCCUUCGCUCUCUUCGGAGGCUCUGCGUUCGCCAAGGAAUACAUCUACGGCCUGACGGACUACAACUCGGCUACCUGGGGUCAGAACUUUGUUGCCUCGGUGGCCGGCGCCAGCGCAUCGCUGGUGGUUUCCGCUCCCCUGGACGUGAUCAAGACCCGUAUCCAGAACCGCAACUUCGAGCACCCGGAGUCGGGCUUCCGGAUUGUGUCGAACAUGGCCAAGAACGAGGGUUUCACCAGCUUCUUCAAGGGUCUGACUCCCAAGCUGCUGAUGACGGGUCCCAAGCUGGUGUUCAGCUUCUGGCUGGCGCAGACUUUGAUCCCUGCCUUUGGCCAGGUCGUAUAG